AUGGCAGCACCAGAAAAAAAAUCUUUUAGAAAAUUUUCAUACAGAGGCGUUGAUUUUGACGUUAUAAAAACAAUGAAAUUCAGUGAAUUUGCUGAACUUCUUCCUUCAAGAUUAAGACGUAGAGUAAGAAGAGGAUUAUCGGGGAGAGAGGUAGAACUUAUAAAAUCAUGCAUAGCAUCUAAAGAGGCAUUGACUAAUGCACAUGAAAAGCCUGAAAUUGUUAAGACACAUGCUAGAAGUGCCAUAAUAUGGCCAUGUAUGGUGGGUAGUAUUGUUGGAGUACAUGUAGGAAAUGGAUAUUUACCAGUUGAAAUAAGACCAGAAAUGUUGGGCUGUUUGUUAUCAGAUUUUGCUCCUACACGUGUACACCCCAAACACGGUAAACCAGGUAUUGCAGAUCAUGCAGGAUCUAAAUUUGUUCCUCUUAAAUAA